GGAAAUAGUGGCUGCAGCUCAAGCACUUGCUGAUGAACGAAGAAGCCAGGCUGGCUCUAGUCCCAAUCCUGUCCAUUCCACCAUAAGUGGAAAGACAACUAAGCCAGUAAUUGAUGGCUCAGCUUUAAGAACUGAUGAGAGACAAAGACUAGCUCGGGAACGUAGGGAAAGAAAGAGAGAAGAUAAAUGCUGCCAAAGAAAAAGAAUUAAUUGAAAAAGAAAAGAAAGCUAAACUAAAGUACGAGAAACAUAUGGAGGAAAAGCAGAAGAAACUUGAAGAACAAAAACAAAAAGAUGAGCAUAAGAGGACAGCAGCUGAAGAAAAGCGAAAACAGAAGUUACAUGAAGAAAAGGAACGCAGGGAAGCAACCUUACGACGUACUCUUGAACGCAGUAGCCAGUUAGACCAGAGGCAGAAACGAUGGUCAUGGGGCGGGUCGGGAGACAUUGAUAAAUCCAGUGCCCCAAGAAGUGGUUCUCCCAGCUCUGUAGAUAAUAUAAUCAAAAAUACUUCCACUGAAUUGGCACAGGCAGAAGAUAAGAGUGGACCUAGUGCAAACAAGCGCUCCACUUCAGCAUGUAAUUUAAAGCAGGCAGACAGCGUCAUGAAUAAGCGAUUGUCCUCUUCAUCUGCCACUCUUCAAACUUCUUCAGAAAAAGGUGCAAAGCAGAGGAGUUCAUCAUUAAGCAGACUGAGUAACAAAACUCCUCUCAGUCCACAGCCCUUCUCGCCUAGGGUUUCCAACCAGGACAAUAAAGGUGGAGCAGCCCAGAAGAGAAGCUCUUCGCUCAGCAGGUUGAAUAACAAAAAAUCUUCUUCACUUGUAGAGGGUGUGAAGAAGGAAGAAAACACAGCUCAUCGCCCCCAGACCAGCCCUCUGGAUAGUAGUUUAAUCAGUCGCCUCCUCGCCCCCACUCAGUCUUCCCUAGCUAGGAGUAAGAGUGCUGCCACAUUAUCAGCUGAUGGAAAAGAUUUGCCAGAAUCUCACCUCUGUCCUCGUUCAGCUUCAGCCACUACCAUCAAUACCCCACCCUCCAUCUCUAAAGGUCCUAUGCGUAGCCGCAGCAUUGACAGACUGAAGUCGCCUCAAAGUGCAACCUCCGGUGCCAGCUCCUCUGAAUCUAGCCAGAAACCAGAGCAUGAAAAAUCAUCACCUCCUACUAUCGGGAAGCGCCCUCCGUCUCCUAAUUUGACACUAAGCAGACGAUCUCCUUCUCCAGCGAAUACUACAAAGCGAGCUUCUUCACCAACACUUGAAAAAAAGACCAGUAGUUCACAGACACAAAAGAACCGUCCUUCAUCGCCAAGUUUAUUGAAGCAGAGACCUCCUUCUCCCACAGUGGUUCACAAGCCAGUUCCCAUCCAGCGUCCCUCACUCACACCAACUGUCUUAAAUGCUACCAAAAAGAUUGCUGAUUCAGAAACCAAACCAAAGGAGAAAUCUGUAGAAGGAAUCAGCUUAGAGCCAAAAAGUGUACAGGCCUCAGAGAAGGAGACACCUGUUACAAAGACCAAAGAUGAAUCCAGUAAUAAGACUGCAUCAGGGAGUAAUACAGCUGAGGAAGCUGCCAAAAUCCUGGCUGAAAAGCGGCGUCUUGCUCGAGAGCAGCGAGAACGCCAGGAGAAAGAACGGAUUCAGAGACAACAGGAAGAAAAAGUAAGACAGGAAGAAAUGGCUCGCAAAGCUGAAGAGGAGAGACAGAGGCUGAAAGAGGAGGAAAAAUUACUAAAAGAAAGACGAAAACUAGAGAGAGAGGAAGAAGAAAGAAAAGCUCAAGAAGAAAAACUCCUCAGAGAACUAGAAGAACAGGAGAAAUUAGCAGAGCUUCAGCAACAGAAAGAAGAAGCUGAAGCCAGAGCUCUUGAGGAAGCUGAGAAGCAAAAGCAAGAGAGAGAAAAAAUCAUGCAGCAAAAUAUGCAAGAAAGACUUGAAAGAAAAAAGAGAAUUGAGAGGAGAUAAUGAAGAGAACCCGAAAAACAGACCAAGCUGAUGCCAAGAAUGAAGAGGAGGAUGAAGAAAAUUUCAGCCUGGAUAAAAACACACCUGGUAGCGUUAAUGACACUGAUUCAUGCGAUGAUGCAGAUGGUUCCCAGGAAAUGAGCGUUACACCAACUCCCUCCUCCCCAGAUUUUUUGUCUCAGGAUGCAGCAGUGGAGGGAAGGAAUGAAUUAUUUGUUAACGGUGAUAAUCCACACAUUGAUCAGAAGCUUAAUGGGCACUUUUCAGAUACGACGACCACUGUAUUCAGUCAGGUGACAAAUGAUGUUAAUCUGAGCCUAAAUCAGCCAUUUCCCAAUGAGGAUGACCAAAGAGAAGAACAUGUAACCAGUAUAAAUGGGAAGCCUUGUUCAUGGACAUUUGAAGAAAUAAUUGACCUGGAAAUCCAUUCCAAGACUAGUAGCUUGUCUGAGCCAAGCACUACAGACGGCUGCAAUCAGGACCUCAUAGAAUCUGCUACAAUUCCUCCAAAGUUGGCUUUUGAAGACGGACGCAUGAGUUCUUUGUCCAUGGCUAUUGAGACUGUGGCAGGUAUG